CAAUGUUGAUAAUAAUUUUCUCGCUUGAUGAUGUAUUAUGUGUAUUUGUCUUUAUUCUGCAUGCUGAGCAAUCCACGUGUUGGUACGAUUAAUUUAUUUCGCGCGCUUUUCAAAUUUAAUUGUGAAGUACUAAACCAGGUCGUAUAGCCAGAAGUACUGACAGAUGAAAAAUCUUGCCUUGCCCAAAGAUUUCACAACAAUAACAACCGGCAGCAUUCAAAGGAAACGAACGAUUGUGCACGCUGUUGAUCAUUUCCAGUGGUGAUUCUGUUCCGUUCUGUUAGUAAUACUUUACUCGGCUUUUCGUAUUAUAAAAUGUACUCGGUGAUAACUGUUAGUGACUCUUGUGCUGCUGGUAAAGCUACGGACACCAGUGGUCCUCAUCUGGUGGAGUUGAUUAAGCAGUCCUUCAAAACAGACACCGUCAACUACCUGUUGAUAGCAGACGAUGAGCAGUUGAUAAAACAAUCGCUUAUUUAUGCUUGCGAUGUGCUUAAGGUACGGGCCGUUUUUACUACCGGUGGCACCGGAUUUGCUCCUCGCGAUGUUACCCCGGAAGCAACACGUGCCAUCAUCACGAAGGAAGCGCCCCAGCUAACAUUGGCCAUGACUCUGUGCAGCUUACAGAAAACAAAAUUUGCUGUACUUUCAAGAGCCGUCUGUGGUGUACGAAACAAAACGCUGGUCGUUAACUUCCCCGGUAGCAAAAAGGCGGUCGGUGAGUGUUUCCAAUCGAUUGUGGACGUUUUACCGCACGUAUUGAAUUUGCUGAAUGAAGGCGAAAUAGAACGUGUACGUGAAACGCAUCGUAAAGUGCAGGCGGAAGGUGAUGUCCAACCAGCGGAGGAAGUGCAUCACGUGUGUCCUCAUGCAACAGGGAAAGGUGGUGAUGAUCGUAACUCUCCCUUCCCAAUGAUCAGUGUAGACGAUGCAUUAAAGCAAAUUCUCGCCUCCAUACCGACAGUGCAGACGGCUCGGAAGCAACUGAGCCGUGUAAAUAUUCCACCUUUUCGAGCUUCCAUCAAAGAUGGUUAUGCUUUGAAAUCGAUCGGUGGCAAGGGUAUGAAGAAGGUGAUCGGUUAUGUUUCGGCUGGCGAUCCGAUUGUCCAGACCAAUUUUACCAUUGACGAAUGCUUUAAGAUUAAUACCGGUGCACCGUUGCCAUUGCAUGCCGAUGCCGUCAUACAGAUCGAAGACACCAAGCUGGUCUCUCGCGAGAACGAUUAUGAAAGAAUCGUCGAAAUUUUGGCUGAACCGACAGUGUCGCUUGACAUUCGCUCGAUCGGCAGCGAUCUACGUAUGUCGGAGGAAGUGUUUUAAUAUCGAUUUCCGAUCGAUGCCUGUCAGCGUGCAUUACUUGCCGCAAUCGGGGAACGAGUGUCGGUGAUGAAGGUGAAGUUGGCCAUCAUAUCCACUGGCGACGAGCUUCUGCAUCCGUACGAUGGAAGUACCGCCGCUGACGCAAGCCCAUUGGAAGGAAAAAUAUACGAUUCCAAUACCACCAUGCUGGUUGCGCUGGUGCGUCAAUGCGGUUUUACCGAGGAUCAGUGUGAAAUUCAGCAACGGGUCGUUAAAGAUGAUUUCGAAUCGUUGAAAAAAGAAAUAGAAUCACUCACCGGUACCGUACACAUCAUCAUAUGCACCGGAGGUGUGUCGAUGGGCGACAAAGAUUUCGUCAAACCCGUGCUAAAAGAGCUAAACUAUGAGCUGAUAUUUGGGCGCGUUAAUAUGAAACCGGGCAAACCGUGCACGUACGCCAGCAGCAAAGUAACCAAAUUUUUUGGCCUUCCGGGAAAUCCGGUUUCAGCAUUCGUAACGUUCCACUUGUUUGCAUUGCCAGCAUUACGGCAAUAUCUUGCUACGAUAAAUGAGACCGCACCGAACGUGGCCAAAUCAAGCCUGCCCAUGAUUACGGUUGAGCUUAUGGAUACGAAAUACAUGCUGGAUCCACGGCCAGAGUAUGCCCGAGCAUCAAUUGUAUCGCGGAAUGGUAAACUGUUAGCAAGCAUAACUGGGGGACAAAUUAGCAGCAGGCUUAAAAGCACGAUUGAAGCGGACGUCCUUCUCGAACUUCCGCCUAGAACGGAAAACAAGCCGUUCAUUACAGCUGGAACACAGCUAAAAGCGUUCGUUCUUCGAUCUGAUUUUAUUUCUCGAUAUGAGUAGAGAACUGGCUUAUUCUUAAAUGCUAAGCUAAAUGUAGAUUAAUACCUUAUUCAACAUCACACAAAGUGCUUUUAUAUGCUACAGCUAAUGCAAUACAUUUUUGUUACGAAGCAAUUAACCGGUACGAUUAGAUGCAAUUACAGUU